GAUGGGCGGGGCGCGGACCGGACCCGCGCGGGACGGAGCGGCGGAGGUGAGAAGAAUGAGCCCCGUGCCGGAGGAGCUCAGCCUGGUGCCCCUGCAUCAGCACCCCGAGCUGCUGGAGGCCUGUGCCGAGCUGCUGGCCGAGGAGUGGGGCAAGAGCCGGGCGCUGCGGCUGCAUGCUCUGCAGCGCUCCUCUGACGCCUUCCCCACCUGCCUGGCACUGCUGCGGGCACCAGCCCCUGCCGAGCCCGCCUGCCCCCGUUGCCUGGUGGGACACGUCCGGCUGUCGCGUGUGGCUGGGCAGCCUCAUGGCCUCUUUGUGGAGAGCGUGGUGGUGGCACGGGCACUGCGGGGCAGAGGCUAUGGGCGGCAGCUGAUGGAGGCCACCGAGCGUUACGCCCGGACCCGCGGCUUCCGCUGCCUGCACCUCAGCACUCAUGACAAGCAGCAGUUCUAUGCCCACCUGGGCUUCGUCCCGGCUGAGCCGGUGCAGAUCGUGCCCUUUCUCAGCCCUGCCAUGCCUGCUGCGGCGCUGCGGGCCUUCACUGUACCUCCCAGCCCCGCUGCUACCGCCCCGGUGGUGCCUGCAGCCCCACAGCCCCCCCCGCCGCCUCCCGCUAUCCCCCCCCCACCUCCUCUGCCACCCUCAUUCCGAGCAGGGGGAGGCCCAGCUGAGGAUGGUGGGCAGAGCCCACAGGAGAGCCCCCACCGUGAUACCAGGGGGCUGCCCAUCUUUUGGAUGAAGAAGGACAUCUGAGGUCGCUGGGUGCAGCUGGUGAUUAAAAGCGAGCGCGGGCAGAGUGCCUGGUGCUGUUCUUCUGGGCCAGCUCCGAUCCCCAGCCCUGGGGUUGAGGAG